AUGACUCCGUCUGUGAAGCUCACAACACACACCUCCCCGGACGUGCCGGAGGAUCUGGAGCGCCUGCUGCAGGCCCAUUUGCCAUACUCAUUCCCGCUGCUCCGCCGACUGCAGCACGCAAAGCACAAAGAUGGCAUGCCCCCAAACGCGCGCGCAGUCGUUGUCUCGAGCGGCGACGUCCUUGGCGGCGACCAGCUCGCCUCAGCGCGGUUCACAGCCGCGUACGUAGACUAUGGCGGCGGGCCCGACACGCAGAUGUGGCUCUUCUCCACGCUCGAGGAGGUGGAGAAGCCGAGUGACGCGGACAAGGCCGAGUAUCGGCACCAGAUCGAGGAGCUGGUGCGGGAGCUGGUCAGGCUGGGCAGGGAGUACGGCAAGCCGACGACGUAUCCUGGGGCCCUGCUUCUGGGGUCGUUACAUACUGCUGUGCGAAGCAUCUUGAUAGACCUGCGGCGCGCGGCGCCCCGCGCAACUGGAUUCUACGACAAGUGGCUGUUUCAAGCAAAGGGUUUCCCGGAAAAUGAUGCCCCGUUGCCUGAUGGGAUGCGAUGGGACACGGCGUCGCUGGAUGACUGUAGGAUUGUCAUGUCCAGAACCGAUAUUCCCCGUGUAGCUGAGACACUGCUCCGCUUUCAGAACUUGAUCAUCCGGAUUGAGGAUGGCACGCCCAUCGCCUGGGCAUUUCUAGGAUUUGAUGGCUCGCUGUGCAGUCUUCACUGCGAGGAACCAUACCGCCGUCGCGGCCUGGCCAAAGCGCUGGGAGCGAAGCUGAUGCGCACCGGAUGCGGCCCAUAUGCGACUGAUGGAUGGACAUCUGCGGAUGUGGCGGCGAGCAAUGCCGGUAGCAGGGGGAUGUGCAAGAGCUUGAACGGAGAACCGCACUGGGAGGUCUCAUGGUAA